CCUUUGUCCUUGGACUUGCUCUGUCAUCUCUCAGGUUUGGAGCGUGUGAGAGAAAGAGAGAUAGAGAGAGAUGGGAGGGAAUGGUGAGCAUUCGGUUGGUAAUGGGACGCAGGAGAGGUCUAUGGAGGAGGGAGCCGCUGGGUUUCCACUAGAAGAAGAGAAUGCUAUUCCAGACCAUGGCUAUGAGAAUUCUACUACUGUUUCUUUCCUCCAAAAGAUACUUGCUGAAGUGUUUGGGACCUACUUUUUGAUAUUUGCCGGGUGUGGCUCGGUGACUGUGAAUCUAAGCAAGGGCACUGUUACAUUCCCUGGCAUUUGCAUUGUUUGGGGGCUGGUGGUCAUGGUUUUGGUCUACUCGGUCGGCCACAUCUCUGGAGCCCAUUUCAAUCCUGCCGUCACCAUUGCCUUCGCUACGUGUCGAAGGUUUCCAUGGAAGCAGGUGCCGGCAUAUAUAUUAGCUGAAUUGAUGGGAUCGACCCUUGCAAGUGGUACACUGCGGCUGUUGUUCGGAGGAAAACGUGAACUCUUUCCGGGAACCAUUCCGGCCGGCUCGGAUGUGCAGUCCCUGGUGCUUGAGUUCAUCAUCACCUUCUACCUCAUGUUUGUGAUAUCUGGUGUAGGCACUGACAAAAGAGCGGUAGGAGAAUUGGCUGGGCUAGCAGUUGGAGCUACUGUCCUACUAAAUGUGCUUUUCGCCGGCCCUAUAUCAGGAGCAUCGAUGAACCCGGCAAGGAGCCUAGGCCCGGCCAUCGUGUUUAACCGAUAUGAGAGCAUAUGGGUCUACAUGGUUGGUCCUAUCUGUGGGGCAGUAACAGGGGCAUGGGCGUACAACCUCAUCCGUUUCACCAACAAGCCCUUGCGUGAGAUCACCAGAAGUAGCUUAUUCCUUAAAAGCCCGGGCAGGAACAACUCCAGAUAAAGAGCAUAUAGUUCUAAGCAAUCAAUUAUUUUUGUAACCCUUACAUUUUCCUUCUUCCAUAGAUAUCUGCAGAAAGAGUGCUCUCAGUGGCAACGUGUGAUGCAAGUUGGUCCGUGGAAGAAGGCUGUAUUUGUUUUUUAAAUAUGAUUUCUUAAAUUUAUUUCGCUUUCUGCGCGUA